AACAUGUUAAGCUCACCUGUUGACUGGCAUCAUUUUCUUCAGCUGUCAACUGCAAGUUAAACGAACUUUUGCCGAAAUGACAGAGUUUGGGGGUUUGUCAGCUCAGGUGAACAGGCACCAGCUGACAAGCCGAGGCUGUCUCCUCCUUGAAACUGUGAGCCAGCUGGACAUGACGGACAGGCCAGUGUGCUGGAUCCCGAGCGUGGUGGCAGUCACAUGAUCUCAACAGAUGACUUGGAGUAUCCACGGGAGUAUCGCACGCUUGGGAACAGCGCUCGCCGCUUCUCCAAUGUGGGCCUGGUGCACACAUCGGAGCACCGCCAUGGCGUCACCGCCGCCCAGAGCCUGGAGGCCCUGACGAACCUGCACAAGGCGGACAUCGAGCGCAAGAGGGAUGCAUUUAUGGAUCACCUGAAGAGCAAGUACCAGCAGCAGCAGCAGCUGCAGCAUCCACACCACAGCCCACACCACAACCCGCCAUCACCAUCCCCCUCCCAUGCCAGCAUGAGGGGCUCGUCAGAGCGCUCUGCAAGAGAACAGCAACAGCCGAACUACUGGAGCUUUAAGAGUCGCAGUCCACGGCAUUCCCAGUCUACCCAGUCUGGGCUUGCCGACCAGGCCGCCAAGCUCUCCUUCGCCUCCGCUGAAUCCCUGGAGACCAUGUCAGAAGCCGACAUGCCCAUCGGGUUCAACCGGAUGAACCGAUUCCGCCAGAGCCUGCCUCUGUCCCGCUCCGCCAGCCAGAAUAAGCUACGAUCUCCAGAUGAAUUUUCAGGUGUACUAUUCCUGCAGUAUGGAGAUGAGACACGCCGGGUGCACAUUACCCACGAGCUGAGCAGUCUGGACACGCUGCACGCUCUUAUCGUGCACAUGUUCCCUCAGAAGUUAACAGCAGGUAUGCUGAAGUCGCCCAACACGGCCAUUUUAAUCAAAGAUGAGGCACGCAACGUUUUCUAUGAGCUUGAGGACGUACGAGACAUCCAGGACCGCAGCAUCAUCAAGAUAUACCGCAAAGAGCCCAUCUACGCUUCCUAUCCUGCUGCAGCACACCUGGCUAAUGGAGACCUGAGGAGGGAGAUGGUGUACUCCUCUCGGGACUCCUCCCCAACUCGACGCCUCAACACCCUCCCAUCCUCCACAGCCUCAGCAUCUGGCUCCCCGUCCCGUUCACGCCUCUCCUACAGUGGGGGUCGUCCUCCAUCCUUCACCGGGUCUCAUUCCCAACAUGAACAACAACGCCAUCCCCACCAUCCCUCAGCUGGGCAUAGUGCCAAUGUAGGCCUAUCUCCCUCACCCAGCGCCAUCCUUGAGCGCCGGGAUGUCAAGCCUGAUGAAGAAGUUUCUGCAAAAAACAUGGCCCUGAUGAAGAACGAGUCUCUGUAUGCCGACCCCUACAGCCUGAUGCAUGAGGGCCGCCUCAGCAUCGCAUCCACCCAGUCGUUAGCCACGCUUGGUGACCCCUUUAGCUUUCCUGUUUCCAGUGGCCUGUACCGCCGUGGCUCUGUGCGCUCACUAAGCACCUACUCAGCUGCUGCUCUUCAAGGAGACUUGGAGGACUCUCUCUACAAGCCUGGAGGUUCACUCUACUCGGACACAUACUCCUCAGCUACACUGGGCAUGGGUUUCCGAAUGCCCCCCUCAUCCCCGCAGAAAAUCCCUGACAUGCAGCUGAGGGACAGGGACUCGUACUCCAGCUCCCCCAGCAGAGCCUCACCUGUCCGGCAGUCUUUCCGCAAGGACUCCGCCUCCUCUUCUGUGUUUGUGGACAGCCCAAAGUCGAGGCCCAGCUCUGGUUCAGAACCUCUGUGUCUAACAGCUGGACCAGGGGAGGGCAGCAGGACCACAUCUGGCUUUGGUUCCUCAUUGUCUGGACAAGACCCUGAGAACAGCCGAGAUCACCGUCUGGAACGUAUGGAGGCGAUGGAGAAGCAGAUUGCCAGCCUUACCGGCCUCGUCCAAAGUGUGCUGACAAGAGCACCAGACAGUGACAGCACAUGCGGCCUGCUGCGUCUCUGCAUGAUGGCCGGCUGCCCUCCGGACCAAGGGACGGAGUUCUCACGGCCAUUACCUUUCUCUUCCAGCGAGAAGACCGAAACCAACAGCGAUGGCUCAGCUACUGGACCUGGACGGCUGAAGAAGAAAGCUCAUACACCAUCAGCUCCGCUAGCUCUGAUGCCACCGCCACCCUCUAACAGCGUCAGCCGCUUGCAGAUGCAGCUCCACCUGCACGGCCUGCAGCAAAACGCCACUGACCUCCGCAAGCAGCUCACUCAGCUACGCAAGACACAGCUGGAGAACCAGAAUUCAGUGCGAUCUCUGCUGAAACGGACAGAGGCGGAGCUGAACGUGCGUGUGGCUGAUGCCUUGAGGAAGCAGGAAGAUCCUCUGCAGAGACAACGCCUGCUGGUGGAGGAGGAGAGGCUCAAGUAUCUCAAUGAGGAGGAGCUCAUCAUUCAGCAGCUGCAUGACCUAGAGAAAUCGGUGGAGGAGAUCCAAAAGGAGUCGUCUGUCAACCACAAGCUGGUGACAGUGCAAGAGCUGGAGGAGAAGUCGGCUGUUCUGAGAAAGCUGGGAGAAACGCUCACAGAACUGAAAAAUCAGUUCCCAGGCUUGCAGAGUAAGAUGCGGGUGGUGCUCAGAGUGGAGGUGGAGGCUGUUAAAUUCUUAAAAGAAGAGCCACACAGGCUGGAUGCCCUUUUAAAACGCUGCAAGACCAUAACUGAGACGCUGGCCACCAUGCGCAAACAAGCAAAUGAGGGGGUGUGGAAGAAGCAGGAAGACUUCUCUAGUCCUUCAUCAAAGCACAACGAUGACUUGCGAAAGUUUUCAGACUUUGACAUCCCCACCAGCCCGCCACUCACCAUCAACGACCUUGGAGGAAACAGCCUGUCCAACUGGAGCCCGCACUCAAGCCUCAGCCGUGGCCAUGGGAACCCAUCUGGCCCUCACAAGGACAAUCAUCCUCCUGUUCCCCACAAGGGUAAAGCCUUAGAGGAGCUGGAUCGCCGCUCUGCUGCUGACAAAGCUUUAUCAGUGGAAGUCCGACUGGCAGCAGAGAGGGAUUGGGAGGAGAAGCGUGCCAGUCUGACCCAGUACAGUGCCCAGGACAUCAACCGGUUGUUGGAGGAGACUCAGGCUGAGUUAAUGAAAGCUAUCCCAGACUUAGACUUUGCUGCCAAGCAGAUCAAGCCCUCCUCCAACACACCAACCUCCCAGAACCCCCAAUCUGGGGCAGGAACCCCAGAGCACCGUGCUAGCAAGCCCCAGCACAAGCUCUCUGGGAAAGAGGGAGGAUACAGACGUGGCUCUGAUGAGCUGACAGUACCACGGUAUCGCACAGAGAAACCCUCCAAGUCCCCUCCUCCUCCACCACCCAGACGUAGUUUCCCCUCCUCUCCAGGCUUAACCAGCCGCAGUGGAGAGCCCCUUAUUCCUGGCAAAAGUAUAAAAAAGUCUGAAUCUGAAGAGACUGAAGUGCAGAAGCCCCAUGUGAAAUUGAGGAGGGCUGUCUCUGAAAACCCACGUCCUGCAUCUACACCCCCCACACUCGCCUCCGGGGACAAGGAAGAACGUGAGGAGGAGAAAAUCGCUGCUGAAUUGGAGCUGUUUGAAAGAGCCUCCCUGCCCUCUCCCUUUUCCCUGCCUGUUAGCCCUCACUGCGGGACAAGUGUACCCCCCUGCAGACCAGACCUUUUACCCUGUGAGGCCCCAGGCUUAGAGGAAAGGCGCUUGUCUCCUGUCCCCUACAUCGUGCUGACAGAGUGCUUGCCAGCGUCUCCCACUGCCUCAGAGGAGCCUGUCAGAGAUGUAGCAAAUGACCCCAUACAAGGAAGUCCAUCGCAAGAUCAGACUGCACAUUACACAAUCUCCCGGACUCAAAUAACAAAAGAAAGAGAAUCAUUUGUGAGCUCUCCUCAGGCAGAACGAGAGCAGAGUCGAUUUAAAGAGGAUGAGGACUUAAAACAGAAAGUUGCUGUGCUGCUGACAGAGCUGGAGGUGAGAGUGGUAUCUCCCUCUAUGGUGCAAGAGCACACCAGGACUACAGGUAAAUCUCUGCGGACUCUGACCAUCUCUCCAAUGACUGAGGAAAUCUCUGAAACCCAGCUGAGUGACAGGCCUCUCCUUGUGAUCCUCACAGAGGAAAAAUCAGUGAGGGACACUUACAGGCUGCUGUACUCUCUUUUAGAGUCAAACAAGCCGGUGCCCAAACCCAGAAUAAAAUCCUCUCUCCACUUGAGCUGGCAGAGCUCCAUGAUGGAGGCUCUGAAGAGAGGAGUAGACACUGGGGAAAGGGUGCUGACACUUCAACACAACACGAAAGGAAUUCUUGAUGUACAACACAAUUCAGUAAACACUUGUCUUAACUCCACUGGAUCAGACAGCUCUGUGGACAGUUUAUCCAAUCAGAGCCAGAGAAAAACAAGGGGAGAUGUCCGACACAGCACCUACAAGAGGCUGGACAGCUUGGAGGAGACUAUUCGUGAGCUGGAGAACACUUUGAUUGAAAUCAGCGGCCAUCCAACCACAGAGACAAACACUCAGAGAGCUCACAUCCAGAUGACAGACCGAGUGACCUCAGAGACCAGGAAGCCACCUGUCCCGCCCAAACCAUCCUCCUUCAGCCCAGCAUCGAUCCAGGGAGGGAACAGUUCUGGCAUUGGGGAGGUUCAACACUCCUCUGCUGCCUCUAAACUGAAGCACUUGCAGCAGAACAGCACAGACAAGACCAAAAGCAGCAAAAGGGACGACUUCAUGAAGGUCCAGGGCCAGCAGCAGCAGUAAGCGACCUGUGCGUGUCCAGCCUCUUCAACUUCCUCCUCCUGUUAUCCCGAAUGGAGAGCUUCACACAUCCUUUUAGUUUCCCCCUCCAAAAUCUACACUGAACCCAAGUCUGUGUGUGUUAGUGGAAGA